AUGGCACAAGAUUCGGAGAUGAUGCACUCACCACCCGAGGCGCCUAAGAGGCCUAAGGGCAUCCUGAAGAACUCGCACUCCCAACAACACAUCUCCCCCACCGCCCGCAUCUCCCCAACCUCGGAACACCACCCCACCGAAUCCGCCAUCGCCGACACCCCAGCCACCUCCAACACCCCCUCGCGCCCUGCAGCACCACCCCGCGAGCUCUCGGAGAAAGAACUCACCCUAAUGAACACCGAGCUCAACGCCGGCGAAGCCCGCCACCACCGCAACUCCUCCAACCCGAACUCCAACCCCAGCCGCCGCCUCUCCAGUACCAGCAACGCCGGCACGCAGCAGGACGAGCAGAACAUGCGGCUGAAAUGGGACGAAGCGAACCUGUACCUAAACGAAGGGCAGAUGGGCGGGAAGAUGAAGAUCGACGAGCCCAAGACGCCGUACGCGGCGCAGUAUGAUCCGAUGGAGGAUGAGGCGGAGAUGUCUGCGCUCGACCCUAGUGAGCUGGCGGUUGAUGAGCUGGAGAUGAGCAAGCCGAAGCCUAAGUCGAGGGAUAGCGAUAUCCCCGGCCUGGACCUGGGGGAGCCGGAGAUGGAUCUGAAGACGAGGAGGGAGAGCGAUGGGGAUCGCAAGGUUGUGGUGGAGAGUGAGGGGGAUGAUGGGAUGGAUGUGGAUGGUGGUAGUGGGGCGAAGCAUGGGGAGGAGAGGGUGGAGGAUAUGAGUGUGGAUGAGCGGGAGAAGCAUCGGAAGUUUGAACAGAUGCGGAGGAAGCAUUAUGAGAUGAGUGGAGUGAAGAAUCUUUUGGGGCAUCCAGAAGCGCUCGACGAUGAGGACGAAGGGGACGGCAAGGCGUAG